CCCCGGCACCCCCCCGGCUCCUCCGGUCCUCCUCCCCGGCCCGGAGCUCCGGCCGGAGCGGGAGGAUGUCGGGCAGCACGGCGAGGAAGGUGCAGCCCUUCACCAUCAGCACCAAGCUGUCCCUGCCCAAGUGCGCCGCCGAUUUCGCGGCCGACGCCUGCCCCGGCAUCGCCCUCGCCUCGGCGCUGGACAACCACCGGGGCCUCCGGCGAGACCUCAACCAGCGCAUCUCCCUCUACCUGGCCCAGGCCAGGGGGGGUCCCGCCGGGCCCCCCGGCCAGCCCCGCGGCGAGGAGGAGAGGCUGAGCCGGGGCUCCCUGGCGCGCUCCAUCAAGAAGAUCACGCUCUCCAACUGGCACGGGGAGGCCGGCUCCGGGGAUGCAGGGGGGCCCGGGGACCCCGGCUGGGCUGGAGGGGAGAGGAACCACAACAACAACAACAGCAGGACGGGGAAGGCUCAGUUCAAGGUCUAUCUCAGGAAGGAUGUGGACGUGGAGGACGAGAAGCAGGAGGCUGGGAGCCCCCAGGCCGGCGGUUUCUGCUCCCCGCUGGACAGAGGUUCCCCCUUCGAGGCGGUGGCACCACACAAAGAGAGCCCCAGGAGCAAGGAGCCGGCGGCCCCGAGGAGCGUCGGGCGAGGCGUCACGGGAGCACCCACCCUCGUCGACCCGAGCCCCCUGCUCGCACAGUUCAACCGGGAGGUGCUGCAGGCGGAGGGCUGGGUGCGAGGCAAGCUGCGGGACCUGAAGGACGGCUGCGACCUGCAGGGCUGGGAGCAGGUGGCCCAGAGCCUGCAGAGGGAGAUGAAGGACUUCGAGAACACCCUGAUCAAGCUCAGCCAGAUGGGCGAGCAGCUGACGUGCAGGCCGAGCCCCGGCGCCGAGGCGGUGCGGAGGCAGCUGCAGGCCCUGCGGGAGCAGUGGCAGCUCCUGAAGCAGACGGCCGCCAGCCAGAGCAGGGCCCUGGGGGGGCUGCGCAGCCUGCAGGACUUCAGCAGGAAGGCCGAGCGCCUCGAGGCCUGGAUCCGCCACAAGGAGGAGAAGCCCUGCCUGGCGGCCCUCCUGCAGGAAAGCCCGGACAAGAUCCAGCUCACCCGCCGCAUCCUCGACUUGAAGCAGGAGGAGCAGCAGUUCCAGAGCCUGCACGAGGAGCUCAACAGCCUGGCUCAAAAGCUGGAGAAACAAGGCAAAAGCGAGAGCAGGAGCGUCUCUGCCCGGCGCAAGCACCUCAACAAAAUGUGGCUGCGGCUGCAGGGCACCCUGAAGGAGCACCACGAGGCUCUGCAGCUGGCCCUGGAGGUCGCCGCCUUCCUCCAGCAAGCGGAUACCCUGCUGGCUGCCAUCCACGCCAAGUGGAGGAGUGUCUGCGGUGUGGGGAAGCAAGGGGAGGCCGAGCCAAGCCAGGAUCGGGAUGUCAGGGACAUAGCCAGCCAGGUGAUGAUGCUGGACGUGACCGUGUCGCAGCUCCUCAGCCUGCAGCCCAGCCUGGCAGCCCGAGUCACCCCCAGGCACCGAGACGUGAAGGAGAGCUGGGCCCAGCUCCAGCAGGCACUGAGGACCGAGAAGGCUCCAGCACUGGCUCUGGGAAGUGGUUUCCCAGGGGGAGAAGCUGCGGCUGCAAGCACUGAGCCCCACAGAGAUGGCAGCAGCCGGGAGCCAGUGGGGAAGGGCGCAGGAGACAAGCAGAAGAGAGAUCCCGGCGGCAGCACGGUGCAGAAGGACGUGUCGAGCAGGACGGCGGAGCACGUGCGAGGCGAGGGGAGCAGCCCUGGCUCUCCGGCAGCGGGAGGGGACAGCAGGAGGAGGAGGAGGGGUCCUGGAGAGGCGGAGGCUGAGAGGGGCAUGCAGCCCCCGGAGGCCCAGGUGCAGGAUGUCUGCCAGGUGGCAAGCACGGAGGCGGCGGGAAGCCCCCAGGUGGAGGCCAUGCUGCGGGAGCUGGGCGAGCUGUGGGAGGACCUGCAGAGGAAGCACCAGGAGAACGGCGCCGUGCUGCGGGAAAUCGAUAAGGCACUGAGGCUGGUGGGGGAGCUGGACCGUGCCGAGCAGUGGCUGCAAGCCGUGGCGGGGUCGCUCUCGGAGCCAGCAGCCAUGAGGAGCCCCGCGGAGCUGCGCAGGGACCUGGAGGGGACGGGCCAGCUGGAGAGGCAGCUCCUGCUGUGCGGCAUCAAGCUCCAGGCGCUGCGGGAGGAGGCGGCGGGCGAGACGCCCGCAGAGCACGAGGGAGCGAGGAAGAUGCAGAGGAAGGUGGAGAUGGUGGAGGAGAAGUUGGCACACGUGCAGGCAGCCCUGCGGCGCCGAGCUGCUGACCUGCGUGACUCCCUGGUGCUGUCUGAGUUCCUGCAGAACCUGCAAGAGGAGGAGGCACGGAGCAGGCAGGGAGCCAGGGAGCCAGGGAGCGGGCGUUGUGGCUCGCAGGGGGCUUUUCCCCUGCUCUCGGCCCAGGCUGAGGACAGCAAGGAGGUGAGCAGCCCCUUGGGAGAGCUGCAGGAGGCCGUGGAGAUGCUGAACGACGCGGUGAAGGAGCGCGAGCGCGUCAUGGAGGUGGCAGCAGAGACGGAGAGCCUGGAGCGCCUGGUGGCAGAGGUGUCCCCACGCCUGGAGGCCCUGCGGUGCAGCCUGGAGGCCCUGGCUCACGACACCGCCCAAGCGGAGAGCGGCUUCACCACGGUGAAGAGCGAGAAGGACCUCCCGGGGCUGCAGGGCUUGCAGAGCCGGCAGCAGGAGAUGGAGCGUGCGGUAUCGGAGACCCUGCAGGGGCAGCUGGAGGAGCUGGAGCGAGCAGCUGCCCGCUUGCAAGAGCUCUGCCCCUCUCGCCUGUGCCCGCUCAGCCGGGAGGUGCAGGACACGCUGCGGGCGUGGGCAGGGCUGCGGGAGCUGCUGCGGGAGACCCGUGCCCACGUGCAGCAGGCCGGCCGGCUGCGGCACUUCUUCAGGGAUUACUUGGCCAUGAUCUCCUGGACAGAAGACACGCGGGCUCAGAUCUUCUCCGAAAGCCCGAGCAGCCACGGCAUCCUGGAGACGCAGUGUGAGGAGCUGGAAAAGAAGAUCGAGGGCAAGCUGAAGGAGUUUGAGGAGCUGGCGGCGGCGGGGCAGCAGCUGGUGUCGGAGGAGCACUACCUGAGCGCCACGAUCCAGGAGCGCCUGGAGGAGCUGCAGAGCAUGCUGGGCUGGGUGCUGGUGCGCUGGCGAGCGCAGAGGCACCAGCGGGACACCGGGAGCAAGCAGGAGGAGAGGAGGGACCCCGAGAGCCCCUUGAGAGCAUCCCCUGCCGGCCAAGAGCAGCGUGCCCCGUGUGCUCAGGAGAGCAUCCUCAGCCCGACGAGGUCUGGUCCCUUCUCCUUCCCCGUGCCAGCACAAGGACCAGAGCCGCGGGUGCUGGCAGGAGCAGCAGUCUCCCCUCCAGCAUCACCUCUCUCAGACACCCCGUCAGGAGGGGAGCGGGGCUGGGGGGACCCCAGCAUCUCAGGAAGCCCCGAACAGGCUCUGGCCUGGGAUCCCUCCGAGACCUCCACGCUGCUGCUGCCGCCGCGGGGCCCCAGCGGGCUGGGGGGCACGGUCAACCUGAUCCUGAGCAUCGGCAAGAAGGGCGAGAAGAAGAAGGUGCAGGUGGAGGAGGCACCACGGACGCUCCCUGCCACUAAACCCUCAGGCUGUAAAACCUUUUGGAAGCGUUGCCAGGGGCUUGUAGGAAACACUUGGGGUAGUUUAAAGCGAAAGAGAAAGCCGCCUCGCCAGCCGGCGGAAGAGGUGCUGCUGGAGGAGAGCUACGGGGAAAAGGCCAGGAAAAGCGCUGGCACGCCGCAGCCAGCAAAGCGGGUGCCUGCUGCAUCGUGCCGCCCUCCGGCACCCAGCUCUGGCUCGCCGGCCGCCUCCCACACCCUGCCCAAGCCCAGCACUGGCUCCCUCUUCAACAGCCUGCAGAGGAGGGAGCGGGCGAGGGCCGAGCAGGCGCGGCUGCUGACGCUGCAGGGGAUCAUGGGCGCCAGCUCCCUCCAGCCCCUGCCCGAGGAGCGGCACGGCCCCAGCAACACCUGGCCUCUCAAGUGCGGCUGGAGGAAGGCGGCGGGGACCCCCGGCCCCCCGCUCGGGGAGCUGCUGCUCUACGUGAAGAACCCCCUGGUGCGGGACAUCGACGCCGAGUGCGGGGCAGCCCCCCGGCACCCCAAACCUCGCCUCGAUCCCCCCGGAGCCGCGCAGCGCCUGGGGCCGAAAGCCACGUGCCCACACCUUUCCCUGGGCUCCGUGCUCAGCCUGGAGCUGCCCAAGGAUGUGGCGGCCCUGGGGCGCCUCCGAGGUGCGGCACCGCCGGAGGAGGAGGAGGAAGAGAGGAAGGGCAGGGGGGUGAGGUGGUGGGAGCCCACCAGAGAGGCCAGGCGGCAGGAGGACACGGGCGGGCACAGUCCCCAGCAGCCUGGUGAUGACCUGGGGGUGUCCCCCAAAGCUGAGCGAGGAACGUGGUUCGAAGAGGUGAGCUUCAACCCCAGCUACGGCCGGCACAAGGCACGGGGCCUGGAGGCUGCCCGCAGCGCCGGGGAGGAGCGCAGGAGCCCGCGGCACCCCACCAGCACCAGCCAACACCUCCCGGACUCGCAGCCGGGCCGGCCGCCCCACGAGCAGGACCUGCUGGCCACCCGCUUGGACCAGGACAGCAUCCCUCCGCUCGGCUAG